CCAUGAUAGGCGCCGUCCUGUCCCUCUUCCAUUCAGUUUCGUUGCAGUCCAGUUCUUGUCCCACUCCAACUGGCCAUUUCCCCUCGCAGUCCGCAAUGCACAGUCCUGUCCCGUAGGUCUUGUCUUGUCCCCCUCCUUGCAUAAUUAAGCUGGCUGGACUUGACUUUGACAGACCACGCUCCACUUUCUUCUCCAAUCUCCUCCUCCACCAAAACAAACACCACAUCCACGCAAGACAAGCCAGCAACCAGCAAGUCUUGGCCCAAAGCAUCUUCUUCCCUCCUUCUUCUUCUCUCCCUUGUCCAGGGAGUUGUCUAUUCGUACUGCUGUAUCAUCACUUGGUACAUUCCUUCUACCAACUAUAAAUACUUGCGCGACUAGAUACCACCACCAUCACCAUCACCAUCACCACUCCUUGAGUGCGACAUCUUCACAUCUUUGUCAGUUUGCCCACGCGGCAACAUCACCACCGCCAAGAUGUCUGUCGUCUCGCUUCUCGGGGUCAAUGUCAUGAACAACCCCGCCAAGUUCACCGACAAGUAUCUCUUCGAAAUCACCUUUGAAUGCCUUGAGCAUCUCGAGAAGGACCUCGAAUGGAAGCUCACCUAUGUCGGCUCGGCCACCUCGGAUAACUACGACCAGGAACUCGACUCCCUCCUCGUCGGCCCCAUUCCCGUUGGCGUCAACAAGUUUAUUUUCGAGGCCGAGCCUCCUGACACAAAGCGCAUCCCUAUCGACGAGCUUCUGGGCGUCACGGUGAUACUGUUGACGUGCGCCUACGACGGUCGCGAGUUUGUGCGCGUUGGGUACUAUGUUAACAACGAGUACGAGAGCGAGGAGCUCAUUAAUGAUCCGCCCCCAAAGCCCGUCAUUGAGAAGAUUCGCCGCAACGUCCUGGCCGAGAAGCCAAGAGUCACGCGAUUUGCCAUCAAGUGGGACUCUGAAGCCUCCGCUCCUCCUGAAUUCCCUCCCGAACAGCCUGAAGCCGACGAGGUCGCCGACGAAGAAGAGUAUGGUGCCGAUGAACUCGCCGAACAAUCGAGCAUCGCCGACCCCGCCGUCAACGGUGGCAUGGAAGUUGAGGGCCAGCCAAAUGGCGCCAUCGUGAUUGAGGAAGACGAGAUGUCCGAAGACGGCAGCGUCGAUCUUGAGAACGAAUCCGAGGACGAGCUGGACGGUGAAGGCGACGCCGAGGGCGAGCUCGAGCAAGGACAGGAUGAGGACAUCGAGAUGGGCGAUGAGAUGGAGAUCGAUGACCACCCAAAGCAGCAGGGCAUGGCCAUGGCUCAAUAGAGUGAGACCAUGGAAGAGGACGAGGAGACGUUGAAUGUUAGCCCUCUGUGGGAUUCGGAAAUGGGGACUGCAGGAAAUUACCACAAAAGGCGAGGUUCUUCGAGAAAGGAUCAUUGGUCUGUGAUCAUGGGGCCGUGAAGAGCGAUGGAUGGGAUACCAAGAGCUUCAAUAUCCUGCGGUCGAGGCCAAGCUGUGCAGCUGAUACAAGCAAGCGGAUGGGAAACGGCUGGGUUCUCCCACUCUCACUGGAUACUGUUUGUCUACAUUCCAACCAAGGGGGCGGUGUGAUUGAGAGGGUCAUCAGCCGGAUGAGAUGGAGUCCCGGCGAUUGUUGUCUUGUGCUUACCGCUCAGCUUCCCUCGUUUGGAUGCGGGCAGUGAGUGGGUGGAGGCUGACGAGUUAUGUCUCUUUGAUUGCUUUCUGUGUGUUGCCGUGUCGAUCCGUGUUAUCUGUUGCUUUUGCGAAACAUACAUCGUUGCUGGCUGCAUGGUGCUGGUGGCGUGUUAUCAUACCCUACUUUUAGAAAGCAAAGAACAUGGAAGAAAGAGAGAAUUGAUUGGGAUCAGUCCGUACCCUAUAUUGCUGUUCUCGCUGUAAAACUCAUGUCUUGAUUUCUCAAUGUUCCAAUGUCUUCAGGUUCGCCCCUUUCAGGCUCCGGUGCCUCCUCCAUGGUGUCGCUAGCAUAAGUUCUUCC